GAGGCGGCUGCAUCGGUAACCUAGGCUGGUAUCCCCGGGCUACUAUCGCGCUUAGCAACCGUCGCCGCGGACAGUUUCCACCGGUUCCGGGCCGUUAACGUUCGCUUCCAACCGUCCUCGACUUUUAAACAACCAACGGUGUGGAGUAAUGAGAGAGGACGAGUGAAGGAGGUCCCGGGAGAACAGGGAAGGAUGCUGGAGGCGGAUGCAGACACGGCAGGUCAAGCAGUGGAAGGAGAAGGGGAGGCAGAGAUGGGGAGCAGAGACCUGAACGCUGAGGUGGUGAGGCUUACUCUAGAGCUCCAGGAGGCCACGGAGGAGAAGCUACAGGCGGCCCGCUAUGGCCUGGUGGUGCUGGAGGAAAGUUCUGCCCUCAAGCAGAAACACAGGCAGCUGGAAGAAGAGCACGAAGCCCUCAAAGCAGAACUACAGCAGCUCAAAGAGGUAAGACCGCCCAAGGCCGAACGAGAGAAGGGCAGUCUGGUUAGCAAGGUGGAGGAACUGCAGAUGCAGCUGGUAAUGUCUAAACAGGCACUCAGUCAGAAAGAGGACAAGGUUGGAUCUCUCACCCAGCAGCUGGAAGCUGUUCAGAGCAGCCAGCAGCGCAACCAGGAGGCAGACGACAGGGGACACGAUGAGACAGAGAACGGAGAUGGAGGAAAUGCUGUCUUUGACUAUGAAGUAGACACCAAGAGCAAGGAGGUGCUGGAGGCACGCAUGCGCUCAGCCAGCGAAGAGCUUCUGAAGCUGCGGGAUGAACUCUCUCAGGCAGGAACUCGUUAUCACACCCUAGAGCAGCGAUACAAGCAGGAGAAGGAUCGCUGGAGGGCAGAGGCCCAGGAGCUGGCUGACAAGAUCCGUCAGUGCAUCAAGUCCAGCAAGCAGGACCAGGAGCGCAUCAGUGAGCUGGAGAAGGAGAUCGGAGCAACACGAAAAGUGGCAAUUGAUUCAGAAGGGCACUUGAGUGUCGCCCAGGAGGAGCUGCUGGCGUUCUCUGAGGAGCUCUCCAACCUCUAUCACCACAUCUGCGUGUGCAACAAUCUGACACCCAAGCGAGUCACCCUAGACUACUACCGGGACGGUGCCAGGACAAGUGGCGGAGGCGGCAGCGCGCGGAGAUAUGUCUACCCCCAGCACAAUUCCCAGAAGAAGCCGCGAGCCAACGACAUGUUCGUCUCCAAAGCUUCAGCAUUGCAGUUCAUGGGGGAGGUGGACAGUGCGGGGGCCACCGCAGACUCUCCAAGCUGCCCAGGAUCCCCCACCCUGGAUUUCAGGGACCCUUCCAAUGUCCGCAACCUGGUAGCAGUCAUACGUUGCCAGAUCAAACACCUCCGGGUGGCAGUGGAUCUCUGUCGUCAGAGAGGCGCGAUGCCUUAUUCGGGGUUGAGCAGCAGCGGAGAGUCGGAGCGGGAUGCCGAAAGCCUCAUGGAAGAAGUACUAAAACUCAAGUCCCUUCUCAGCACCAAGAGAGAACAGAUUGCUACCCUGAGGACGGUCCUCAAGGCUAACAAGCAGACUGCAGAGUUGGCGCUGUCCAAUUUGAAAACCAAGUAUGAGACAGAGAAGAGCAUGGUGUCAGAGACGAUGAUGAAACUGCGGAAUGAGCUCAAAGCCUUGAAGGAGGACGCUGCCACCUUCUCUUCACUCCGAGUCAUGUUUGCCAGUCGGUGUGACCAGUAUGUCACCCAGUUGGAUGAGAUGCAGAGGCAGCUGGCAGCAGCCGAGGACGAGAAGAAGACACUGAAUUCUCUGCUGCGUAUGGCCAUACAGCAGAAACUGGCUCUAACUCAGCGUUUGGAGGACCUGGAGGCCCCUCUGUCUCCCCACAGCUUGAACAGCAGCCCCCGCCGCUCCCGGGCCAAAGAGCUGGCCACCAAGUCGGGCCGGGCUCCACGUAGCCCCCGAAGCAGUCCCGCACGCCCCCCGCUGAGGAGCAGUCCACGGGCUAGCCCGGUUCUCGGCAGCAGCGUUCCAGCCAUGGCCACGCACCACCUGCGGAGUCUAACCCGAAGCCUCCACACGAGCCCUCGCUGAAACACUCCUUCCAUUACUCCAAACCCCCUUCUCUCCAUAAGGACCUGUCUUCAUGUUGACUCCCUGGCUCCCUCCUCCUUUCCUGACUCGAGACAUCCUGUCCAUCCCAGAUGCAACAUUCCCCACUCUACCCACCAGAACCCCCAGAACCAUGGAUUAAAAAGUAAAAAAAAAAAAAAAAACCUCUCAUCCCGCCCUCUUGGUUUUUUCUGCUUGGAGCGGAGAAACCUGCAUGCAGCCUGGAGAAGGAUGAAGAGAAAUGUGCUGCUCAUUGCUCUGUGAAGUCAUUGACUGUGUCUUGUCCCGAGUGGAUCCAAUUUCCAUCUGGUCUUGUUCAAGGCUGUUUGUUGUGGUGAACCAUUGACAGUAUUUAUUCCAGAAAGUCAGACCUUCCAUGUACAGUAUUUACUGUCCUCAGACUCUGAUUCAAGGCUAUGAUCUGUUUUAAGGCUGUAUGUCUCUACACUCUUGCCUUUUGUCUGGCAUCCUGGUCAGGCCUGUCUGGCAUCUUUUAGUCGCUGUAAGCCAUUAGAUCAUCUGUGAUAGCUCUCCCAGGUAGUUGUUUCUAUAGAACAAUGCAGCCUUACUCACAUUGCUACCCUAAAAGUAGAGAGCUUGCUAUUGUCUUGAGGUUUCUCCCUUUCACUGGUGGCGCAGUGACAUGCCCUUUUUUUAUCCUUUGAUGUGUUCGGCUCUUUGGCUUUUGCCAUCAGCCACACCCUUUAACUAUAGGUCAGUAAACAUGCCAUUUCAUUGAUGGCAAUAGAUCAGCCAUAAGUCCACCACCUCAGGUCAAACACCGAGUGAUCAGAUACAAGAUUUGGGAGAUCUUUAAUGUGCAUCUUACUUUGCAAACUAUGCAGAUCAAGUCAGAACAGUGCCUGUAUACUUCCUGCUGUUCUUUAGGACUAGGGUGGGGUUUCGAAAUGUACCUUCACUUUCAGUUAACAGUGGUUGGCUGCAGCUGUUUAGCAUCUGUCACAACAAGCAGCUUUUUGAAGUCAUCUGGGGUGUUAAGUGGCACAUUUGCAAGUAUCCCAUUGGCUAACCUGUUUUUUUGGGCUGAGCUUUAAUCAACACUGUCUCACAUCACUCAAGUGGCUUGGUUUACCUAAAAUUGUUACUAACAUGUUGGGCCACACUCAUUUCACUUGAUUCUGUGGUCAUAAUAACAGUUCCCAUCCAGCCUCUGCUUUUUGUCACUCCUUUGAACAGCUAAGCAACAAUACUUAAGUUUUGUAUUUCAUCAUUCUAUGUCACCAUGCUUUUGUGUGUUACCAAAGUAAGCAUGUUGUAAUGAACUAGUAUUACCCACAGCAAGCGAGUGUUCUUCUCCUGUGGGUACAGCAUCCACUGUUUUCAGUUCUGAAUGCUAAUAGUACUAACAGGCUGCUGUUAGGGCUGCUGCUUGUAGAAAAAUUGAAAUAAAUAAAUAACAAUAUUGUCCCAUAAUUUUAACAACUAGUACCACGUUAUGACUUGAAACAAAGAAUAAAUAAAUUCUGCAAAACUAAAUAUUUCAGAGUGAGACGUAACUCCAACAUGACAUUGCUUUUCUAGUCGGGGUUCUGCAAAGAAAAUACACAAAGAAAAAAAAAUGUGUACGUAUCUGUCGAUACCCCAAAGGGGGUUGCUUAUAGAACGGCUCUGCCCUGCCUCUGGUAUGUUAACAUUGGCAUUGUGACAACACUUGUCUCAUUGAAAGCAGUUUAAACUCAAGUUGAAUUGACCUGAUGAGACCAAAUCAUGACCUUUUUAGGACACAUUUGGAAAUGGCUGUUUAAAAAAAAAAAGAAAAAGAAAGAGAAGUGAUUGCAAGAAAAUGUUUUUUCAUCAAAAAUUUACAUCAAGCUCAACUGUCCUGUGGUUUAGAUGAGGCCACAUCCUGCUGAUUAAUUUUUUGUUUUAGUGCCUUGUUUUUGAUCUUGUCUGUUGUUUUUAGACUACAUCACAUUUUCUAAAUAGAGGCUUCUAUCGACACUGUAGUUGUGAUGUUUUUGAAGGUAUGUCUUUUGAGGAAACUCAUUGAGCAGUUUUAGCACUGACUAAGGCGAUAUCUCAUUUUGGUAGAUUAUUUUCACUUUUUAGCUAGUAAGGAAUAAGUGCUUACCCUGAAAUGAAUGGUCAGUAUCUAUGUUUAAUUUAAAGUUAACUGUUACUAUGAGAAAAGUUACUGUAUUAAGAUUAUGAAUGCAGGGAAUUUGAGAACAUAAUGUUUGAAAAACACUCUAGACUGAAUGUUACAAUAAGGUUUUGAAAGUAUAAUAACAGUUUUUGGACCAUUAGGGGAGCUGGUUGAUCAUUCGUGAACUCGCCAAAAAGUGAAAAUGCUUUAACAUCAUGUCAUAUUGCUUCGAAGGUUGUAAAUAGAUUUAUUAAUCUAUUUAAUUCACUCUGUGCAGAUAUGUGUUUAAUUUAAUUACCAUUGAUGUAUAAUAUUUUAACUGUAUUUAUGUGUUCUGCAUUCUGUGUAAAUUGUUCUUGAGGGAUGACGUGCACACACUCCGCGUAAUACAUUUGAUGGGCCUCAACUUUUUAUGUGUAUGCAAGUUCCUUUCAUUGACCUGUGAACCACUUUUGUCAUGAAGAAUAAAAACACAGCCAACACUGUA